CCUCCUAAUCCCAGUCCCAUCCACCCUCCCCCUCUUCCUGUUUGCUAACUCCACGGAGUCAGUGAGGAGCAAUUUGACGCCCAGGUAGACAUUACCAUCACAUACACACUUAGCACUUAACCCACCCAAGUUUACAGAGGAGGAAGAGGGAAAGGACAGAGACUGCUGGUAACUUUGCUGGAUAGCUAACCUGGGUGACCUGGAUAGCUAACACACCUGUGUAAGCUUCACUGGAGAAUGUAGCUGCAGCCCUCCAGCCAAGCCACAGGAAACGCCACCAUGGGAGAAGCUCAAAAGGGCUUACUCUCUGUCAUCGAGAAACUGAAGGGAUCCACAGAGCAGGAGGUCAGGAUAGUGCUUCUGGGGUUGGACAACGCCGGCAAGACCACCCUGCUGAAGAGCCUCGCCUCUGAGGAUGUGAACACCAUCACACCGACACAGGGCUUCAACAUAAAGAGUGUUGCCUCUCAUGGAAUGAAACUCAAUGUUUGGGACAUUGGAGGACAGAGAAAGAUCAGGCCCUUCUGGAAAAAGUACCUGGAAAACACAGACCUGUUGAUUUAUGUUAUUGACAGUGCAGACAAGAAGCGAUUUGAGGAGACGGGACUGGAGCUGUCCGAGCUGAUUGAUGAGGAGAAUCUAAAGGGCGUUCCAGUGCUCGUCUUUGCCAAUAAGCAGGAUCUGGCCACAGCGUCACCAGCCAGUGAGAUCGCUGAGGGACUCAACCUGCAUACAUACCGGGACCGUGAGUGGCAGAUUCAGGCCUGCUCAGCAGUAUCUGGAGAGGGAGUUCAGGAUGGCAUGAACUGGAUUUGCAACAACAUUGUGAAUAAGAAGAAGUGAACCAGCGUCCCCAGCAACACUGACCAGAGUCAAACAGAGAACCAGCAACACAUAAGUGAUUAAAAAAAUAUUUCACUUCAUUUAAUAUCAACACACCUCACCUAUGACCUGAGGUCCUGCUCCCCUCACAGAUUUGAAUAAUUCUGUUUCUACAAUUUGUGUAAUUUUUAUAAAUAUGUUGCAAAUGUAGCUAAUUUAAAGAAAGCUACAAUAAGUGAAUUAGGCACUUAUUAAUCAUUGUCCUAUCCUAAAAAAAUAUGUUUUUGUUCCCAUUAUCCCAAGGAUCUUUGUCUGGUGAAUCUGUGUGCUUUCUUAAACACAGAGAAAACCAAGCUGAGUGUGUAGCCAUGUAGAACUGUGGGGGUUUGUCAGUCACAUAGACAUCAGUUCAGUGUGAGUGUAAAGUAUGUGUUUUGAGAUUUUUGACAAUAAAAUGAUUAGUCAUUUC